UUUGGCAAGGUAAGGUUGUUUUUUUGCCAGUACCAAUGCUGAUUUAAAAUACUGGUACAGUAAAAAGUGCAUUUUGUUUUUCUGUCCAAAAAGUGUGUUUUUACACCAAUGCAUAAUAUCCCCAUAAAAAAAACUUUAAAAGGCUAUUUUAAAAAUAUCAGUGCAGUGAAAUUCGCUCAUCCUUCAUUAAACCAUUUUUUUGAAUAUAGUGCACGCAUGAAAUACUGAAUCAGUGAAUUCUGUUCCAGCAGCGUUCUGAUUACUGUUGUGCCACCGAUCAGCCGUUUAUAUGUAGUUCAGGGUAACAAAGGGUUAAAUAAAUAAUAAUACACAGCCACAACUGAACAAACACCAGACAUUGAUCAUAUCUACACAUGUAUCCAGAUCCAAGCGUAAAAAGAUUCAUUCAUGUGUGUCCACUGUUACUUAGCAACAAGACAUUGUAACAGAUUAUAAACUGCAACAUUUGUAUCUCAAAUGUGUUUAAUGACCUGUGUGUUACAAUGAGGACGUUUUCAGUGUCCCCAUGAUUCAAAACGCUUAUAAAUCAUACAGAAUGAGUGUUUCAGAGACAGUACGCGUGUGUGUGUGUGUGUGUGUAGAGCGUGGCUGGUUCCUGUCUUCUCGUUUGGGGAGAACGAGCUCUUCGAUCAGAUGGAGAAUCCCACAGGCUCCGCCCUCCGCCGUGUUCAGGAACGCCUCCAGAGGAUAAUGGGCGUGGCUAUGCCUCUCUUUCACGCCAGAGGAGUUUUCCAGUACAGCUUCGGCCUGCUGCCGUACAGGAAGCCCAUUCACACCGUGGUGGGGCGUCCCAUUCCUGUGGAUCAGAAUCCGUGUCCCAGUAAAGAGGACAUCGACGCUCUACACACUCUCUACACGCAGGCUCUGACGCAGGUGUUCGAAGAGAAUAAGAAACACUACGGCAUCCCAGAGGACAAGCAUCUCAACUUCAUCUGAACGAGCACUACCAGAAGAUGAUAACACUAGUCACGUGACAGCUCGGUCUUAUCCGUAACUCUGGCUUGUUCGGUUCCUGUGCUCGUACACUUUAUUGAUGGGAUGGAAGAUGUGCAUUUAUAAUGUUUAUUGUGGUGGGUUACUCUUUGGUCUUUAAUCAGGAAUUGUGAAUCGAUUUGGAAAAAUGAAAUCAAAUAAACUAGUGCUUUUUCACAA